CGCCAUGCGGGCGGCCCGGGCGGCUGCCCCCCGGCCGCGGCCGACGCCGCUGCGGCUGCUGCCUGUGCUGCCUGUGCUGCCGCUGCUGCUGCUGUGCCACCGGACCCGGCCCCAGGACAGCCCUGGGCCACUGCAGUGCUAUGGAGUUGGACCCUUGGGCGACCUGAACUGCUCGUGGGAAGCUCUCGGGGACCUGGGAGCCCCCUCCACGCUGCACCUCCAGAGCCAGAAGUACCAUUCCAACAGAACGUGGACUGUGGCAGUGCCUGCCGGGCAGAGCUGGGUGACCAUUCCACGGGAACAGCUUACCAUGUCUGAUGAACUGCUUGUCUGGGGUACCAAGGCAGGCCAGCCUCUCUGGCCCCCUGUCUUCGUGAACCUGGAAACCCGAAUGAAGCCAGAUGCCCCCCGGCUGCACCCUGAUGUGGACUUUUCGGAGGAUGACCCCCUGGAGGCCACUGUCCAGUGGGCCCCGCCUGUGUGGCCACCCCAUAAGGUCCUGGUCUGUCAGUUCUACUAUCGAAGAUGCCAGGGGACAACCUGGACCCUGUUGGAACCAGAAGUAAAGUCCAUACCCCUGACUCCUAUUGAGAUCCAGGACCUGGAGCUGGCCACAGGCUAUGAGGUGUUUGGUCGUUGCCGAAUGGAGAAAGAAGAGGAUCUGUGGAGCGAUUGGAGCCCCAUUUUGUCCUUACAGACACUACCCUCUGCUCCAAAAGAUGUAUGGAUAUCAGGGAACCCCUGUUCACCAGGCAGACAAGAAUGGCUGCUUCUGUGGAAGGACCGGGGGCACUGCAUGCAGAUGAACUAUAAAGUCUGGUUCCAGGUCAAAGAUCAGGAGCUGAUCCAGAAGACGGCUCCCUGCUGCAACCUUUUCAUCCCCACCCAGGCAGAGUGGGUCGGGGUGUCUGCUGUCAAUGCCACAAGCUGGGAGCCUCUCACCAACCUUUCUUUGGCCUGCUUGGGUCCAGAUUUUGCCCCUCAUGACGUGGUGGUCAGCAGCAUUCCUGGGAGGACAGAGCUGCUGGUGACUUGGCAGCGGGGGCCUGGGGAGUUACAGGAGCACGUGGUGGACUGGGCUCGAGACGGUGAUCCCUUGGAGAACCUCAGCUGGGUCCGGCUUCCCCCUGAGAACCUCAGUGUUCUGUUGCCAGGGAAUUUUGAAGAAGGGGUCCCCUACCGAAUCACAGUGACAGCAGUCUCUCCUUGGGGCUUGGCCCCUGCCCCCUCAGUCUGGAGGUUCAGAGAGGAACUGACACCCCUAGCAGGGCCAGUGCUUUGGCGACUCCAGGAUGCCCCCCCAGGAACCCCUGCCAUAGCAUGGGGAGAGGUCCCAAGGCACCAGCUCAGGGGCCAUCUCACCCACUACACCUUGUGUGCACAGAGCGGGACCAGGCCUUCUGUCUGCGUGAACGUGAGUGGCAGCACCCAGAACAUCACCUUGCCCGACCUUCAAUGGGGUCCUUGUGAGCUGUGGGUGACCGCAUCCACCAUCGCAGGACAGGGGCCACCUGGUCCCAGCCUCCGGCUUCACCUACCAGAUAACACCCUGAAGUGGAAAGUCCUGCCAGGUGUCCUUCUCCUGUGGGGUUUGUUCCUGAUGGUCUGUGUUAUGAGCCUAGCCACUUCUGGAAGGUGCGUCCACCUCCGGCACAAGGUACUGCCCCGCUGGGUCUGGGAGAAGAUUCCUGAUCCUGCCAAUAGCAAUUUUGGCCAGCCCCACUUGGAGGAGGUGGUGCCUCCGGCUCAGACCCCCGGGGACUUCCCCAUCCUGAAAGUGGAAGACAUGGAGCCACUACAGGUUAUAGAGCCCCCCCAGGCCUCCACCCAGCUUGACUCUGGGUAUGAGAAACACUUCCUGCCCACCCCCGAGGAGCUAGGCCUUCUGGGCCCACCCCCAGGUCCCAAGUUCUGGCCUGAACCCACCCCAAGCCAGGAGAGGGGUGCCCAUUUGACAGAUGAAGACACUGAGGCUCAGAGAGGCUGAGUCACUUGCCUGAGGACACCUGGCCAGGAAGAACCGGCUGAAGGACCCCUAUAGAGAAGGGCUUGGCCCUACCGGGAAUAAAAUAAAUGAACAUGGACGGAUGAGGGAGCAAAGGCAAAUGUAUGAAAUCCAGAGUGGCAGCUGCCUCCCCAGAUCUGUCCUGCUGCUAUAACAGAACCAUAGCGGGUUGUAUCCGCUGCUGCACCUGCAGCCAGGUGCGGCCAUGGACCAAGUUCUCGCCAACGGAACAUGUGUAGACGUGCCACGUGCUGAUGCACGUCGGAGCUCCUCCACGUCCUCUCCCCUCGCUCCCUGCGAGCUGGAACAUCACCGAGCUGGAACAUCACCGUGCCUGUGAGCCAGCUCGAAUCCUAACGAAGGGGAAUGUGGAGCAAGAAGUGGAAAAGGAACCUCCAUCCCCAAGUGACUGCAUGACUCAGAGCCACCCUGAGAAAUAAACUUUUAUGUUUUUAUAGCUA